AAACUCAUAGCAACCCUGAAUACUUCAAACACGCAGUUGAAGAAGAAUCGAAAAGUUUCUGUUGUGAAAAUUCGAUAAACUAGGGGAAAAAAAGAAACUUUAUUUGUAACCAAGGAAUUGUGGGUAUUUUUGAAAUCAAGUUAUAUAUUUACACUGGUAAGCAUUUACUUAUAAAUAAGUAUGUCAAAAGAAACGGCGGAAAAUCAUGAAAACAAACAAGCCGCCGAUCAAAGCGCAGGUGUCAGUGGAGCAGGAGAAUUGGCUGCUUGUGAAGAAUGUGAUGAUAAGGCUAGUUGUGGAGCAGCUAUAAACAAUGUUGAUCGCGGCGGGGGACAAAACGAACACUCGAAAAAUUCAUUCAAUGAAUCUCCGCCGUCAUUGUCGCCAGUUAUGUCAUUAACGCCAACACCUACUCCGUCUCCUACAACGGACACCUGUCGAGAGGAGAUGGGUGCCUGCUCGUCAAGUAUUCUGAGUGAGAAUGAAGAAUACAUUUUACAUAGAUGUGUUUUUCAAGGUGACUAUAAACGGUUGGCCCGACUUAUUCAAAGACCUUCGUUAAACCUCAAACGAAUACAAGAAGAAAUUGGUAACAAGGAUAAACAUGGCAAUACGCCAUUACAUCUAGCAGUGAUGCUCGGGCGGAAAGAGUGUAUCAAUUUACUCUUAGCUCACGGAGCUCCAGUAAAAAUAAAAAAUUGUGAGGGAUGGUCACCCCUCGCUGAAGCAAUCAGCUAUGGUGAUCGUCAAACUAUUUCUGCCCUACUUUCCAAACUGAAAUUGCAAUCUCGACAGCAUAUGGAAGCUCGACGCUCUAAGUUAGUUCGUGCUCUAACUCAAAUGAAAGAUUUUUACUUGGAACUAAAAUGGGAUUUUGCUUCAUGGGUACCACUUGUAUCACGCAUGUUGCCGUCCGAUAUAUGCCGUAUACAUAAGUCUGGAUCGUCUCUACGUCUCGAUACAACAUUGGUAGACUUCAAUGAUAUGCGUUGGGAAAGAGGUGAUAUUUCAUUUAUUUUUCGUGGUGAUAAGCCGAGAGGUGAAUCAUUAGUUGUUUUAGAUAACGAAUAUGAAUGUUAUCAGCACAUACGAUAUGAAGACACAGAUAUUGAAGAUGAGGUAGACGUCCUGAUGUCUACAGAUAUUUUAGCUGCUCAAAUGUCAACUAAAAGUAUACAAUUUGCACGGGCUCAAAGCGGGUGGAUUUUUCGCGAAGACAGGAAGGAAUUGGUUAGUGGGCAGUAUCAAUGCGAUUUAUAUUCGAUACUAGGCCUUGUAUUAAAACAACGUAAGAGACGAGAGCACCUUUCACAUGAAGACCUACAAAAAAACAGGGCCAUUGUUGAUUCAAUAACGCGUGGCGGUCGACGAGCAAGUGUAACAAGUGCUAACGGUGCCGGCGGAUCUAGUGGUGAUUCAACAAACGGUUCCGGAACAGAAAUGCCCCGAAGAAGCUCUUUGCAACCACCACCACAACCAACAGUAACGUGGGAGGAAUAUAUAAAUGCGCCUUCCGGUAAAUGUCCUCAAUUAGGGCGACCACCAGUGCACAAACAAUCAAACAAAAGUAUACGGGCUACAGUGGCAAUGAGUAAAGAUUUCCCGCUUAGUGUAGAAAUGUUACUAAAUGUUCUCGAAGUAAUAGCGCCGUUCAAACACAUAAAUAAAUUACGAGAAUUUAUAACAUUGAAAUUGCCAACGGGUUUCCCCGUCAAAGUGGAGAUACCAGUUCUGCAUACCGUGACAGCAAAGAUAACAUUUCAAAAGUUUGAAUUUCGUGACAACAUACCAGAAACGCUAUUUGAUGUGCCGUCACAUUAUGUAGAGGAUGCACGUCGGUUUCCUGAUUUAUGACCCACAGGAACGCCCCAGCAGCAAACGGCAGAUAACGUUGAUUUAAACCGUAAUGCCACAACAAACGACCGCUCACCACCCACAUCUAGAAGCGGCAGGCCAAAAUCACAUACCGGGUUCGUUGAAAUAGACUAGUGUAUGUCUGAAAUCAAUAUAGAACUGUGAUAAUAGCAGCGAUGUAUUAUUAUCAUGGCGAACAGGUAUUCUGAGGUUAAUUAAUCGCCUUAUUAAUUAUAUUUAAACAGCCCACAGAAUGUUUAGAGUUCGUAUAUAACUAUAUAUUAGUUAUGCAAACUAUUUCCAUGUAAUGACUGCUAAAAACUAAUGCAUAAUUAAUCCAUCAGUCUCGCUGGUGAGUGUUUUUCUGUUUAAGUAAGAUUAAAAAAUUAAAAAAAAAAAAAUUUUAUUUUACAUUACCACUACUGCUUUAAACCACGAUAAAUAAAUUAAAAUAUUAAUUAAUUAUUCCCAAAAUUGAUGUCUGCCUGAAAUAUUCAUACAUAUAAAUACAUAAAUAUGUACAAAGUAAACUUUUUAACCAAUUUGUAACUGUUAUAAUUUAAAAUUUUAAUUACCGUAAUAAUGACACUUCGGUGGUAUACCAACGUAAUGAAAUCUAAAACUUUGAAUUAUAACGAAAAUAUCUAUUUAUUUUAUGUCGUAUUGACUAAUGUAUGCAUGUAUGAAGAAUUAAUUUGUAGACCUAGGUUAUAUAAGUGACAAGUACAAUCGUCAGUCCUAGUUCCUGGUUUUAAUUAGAAUUUCGGCGUUGUAACGAAAUCAGAUAACAGAGCACUUUUUAAUUGAAAUUGAAUUUUCCGAAACUAUACAAAAAAAAAGUUUACUUAAAGGAAAAUUUCUGCAGCAGUGCUACAUACAUAGAUAUAUUAUAUAGAAGUAUAAAUAAAAAUACUUUAUUUCCUUUCGUAUUGAUUCUACAAGAAAUGCCAUAAGUUUAUGGACUAUUAUUGAGCAGCAUUCAUAUAAAUGUCGUGUGUAGUUAUUUAGGUCUGUACGUAGUUACUAAGUUAAGUAUAGGUAAAAUCGUCACAUUUCAAUAUAUUAAUCUCUUUAUAAAAGCAAAAAGGUUUUGUAUGAAAGUCUUUUUUUGUUUGUUUAUUUUUCGUUGUAAACGUGGGCAUAUCAAAUACAUUAUAAAUUUAUGUAACACUUUGUUAAACAAAAGCCACAUAACAGUGACUGCAAUUCCAUGUUGCAAUGUGUUUAUUUCUUAUUUGCGUAAACAUACAUUUAAUUAAGUAUUAAAGUUUAUUGAAAUAAUUGUUAACUUUAAUUGUGGAAAUGUUGGUUAUUCGAAGAACUGUUAUUUUCUUUUUACGCUCAGCAAGAUUUCGCUGUAAAUAUGUCAGUACAUAUACGUAUAUAUAAGUAACACACACACCUAAUAGAUAGUAAGAAUUAUAUAUUGUGCAGAUGUUAUAAAUUAAUAAUUAAGAACACUUAAACGUCUCUCGACAUACAUACAUUUAAACAUAUACAUCGCUUUACUUUGUAAUAAAUCAAUUAGUUCAUCCAUUAUCGACACAAUAUAUGGAAAUAUGUGCGUAUGCUAAAGUUAUUUUGCAAAACGUAUUAGGCUGCAGCAUUACGCUUGUACAUAGUUAUGUGGAUAAACUGCUACUUGUAUGCCCUAAUGAAUAUAACGUAAUCAAAACUAAAGCUUUACUUCAGAGGUUCCAACACGAGAAUCAUAAGAAUUAAAUUAUAAAAUAAGCUCAUUAGAACCUAACAGGUUUAUUUUGUGUAUUUACAUAAAUAUGAAAUUAUGUAAUUAAUUUAUGAGUUAUUCCAAAAACAUGUAUGUUAUUUAAAAUAAAUAUUUUAAAAACCUUUUUUUUUUGGGCUGCCAUAUAUUAUCUUAUGCAUACCAACAUUUGUUCAUUGAAAUGCUGUAUAUGUACAUACAUACAUGUUACAUCCAAUAAUGCACUAUUUUUUUAAAUGUCAAAGAAAAUACAAAACGUAUGUUCAAUAAAUAUUUAAGUUUAGUAGUGUGUGAACUAUUUAGUAAAUUUUUAAAAGUAACAAAAUGUUUUGUACUUAACAUUAUAUAAAAUCUAUGUUAAUAUGCCAAGCACAUACAUAUGUAGGUAUAAUCACGAAUAAGCUUAAAUUUUUAAUUAUUGCAGUGUGCAUACAUGGCGCAAAAUAUGUGCAUAUGUAUGUAUGAAAUUACUAUAGAUACUAUGAAGUAAAAAAUAUUAAAUUACGUACACGCACGUACACACAGCCUUCACGACAUAACCCUUUUAGAUCACCUAAGUAUUAAUUAUAAGCCGUGAAGUUAAAACUAAAAUAAAAGCUAGCAAAUACAUCUACUAUAUCUACAUACAUUAUUCAUACAUACAUAUAUCUACAAUCAAAGUUUAUGUAAAGUGA